AUGCACAGAGGCUUUGACGAGGCUGAUAUUCCCGUAUCAGCCUUGGCAAGACAACCAAGACUUGCAUCGGCAGUGCUGCGCUCGCUGGCAGCAGGAGGUACGUCUUGGAGCCUGCUGCGCCAGUUGCGUGAGGAGCAGAUGGAGGCGGAUGUGGUGCAUUUCUCUUGCAUGAUUUCUUCGGAUUGGUGCGAAGCUCUGUGGCUGCUUGCAGCCGCAGCAACCACAGAUAUUUCGCCAAAUGCGAUAUUCAAGACACGCGUGGUGAAGGUCUGCGCACCUGCCGACUGGCUGUCUGCGGUGCAGCUUCUGGGUGAGUCGGUUCAGCGUGACACCGUACUCAUGAACUGCGCCAUGACAGCUUUUGAGCCGCAUGGCCGGUGGUGGCUAGCGCUGUCGCAUUUGCAAGUGCGUGCUGCCAUGUCCUUGACGCCUGAUGCAGUGGCCAUCAACACGGCGAUAAGUUCCUGUCCUCGAGGCGUGUGGUCCAUUGCUCUGCAUCUGCUUGGAGGCUCCAUCGGAGAUGUCGUAGCGAUCUCCUCGACUAUCGCUGCCGCGGAAUGGGUUUUGGCAAUGUGGCUUCUCAGCAAGAUGAGGCCAGACGCGCUGCUGCCCAACGUCGUGUGCUUCAAUGCCACCUUGCAGACCACGGACGCCUCAGGCUUGGGCGCACCAUGGCAGCGAGCUGCACUCCUCAUGAGCUCGAUGCCGGACUUGGCAUUGCUGCCGGAUGUCAUCAGCUUUACCUCCUUGCUGCGUGCCUGUGAAAGAGACGGGCGAUGGCGCCUGGCGCUGUCCCUCUUGUUGGCCAUGCGCCAGGUUGCGGUUCUUCCCAGCACGGUGACCUACGGAUGCCUUCUCAAUGCCUGCGAGUUCGCUGGCGCUUGGCAGACUGCCUUCUUGUUGUUGGAGGAGAUGAUUUCGGCAUCGCUGCAGAUGAAUAUCGUCAUCUGCAAUGCUCUCAUCAGCACUUGUGAGAAAGCAUGCCAGUGGCAAUCAGCACUGGCCCUCCUCUUCAACGCACGGCAAUUUCAGGUGCAGCCGGAUGUGAUCGGAAUGAACGCAUCCUUGAGUGCAUGCGGCUGUGCGGGUGCUUGGACGUCGUCGCUGGAUCUGCUGCGCAGAAUUGAGGGACCAGCUCGCACAAGCGUGAGCUUCGCAGGCUCGGUGGCUGCCUGCGCCGCUGCCCGUCAAUGGGCGUGGACGGUACGCCUGCUCCUGGCGACGAUGGACAAUGCUUUGGCUCCCGAUGUCAACAGCUUUGGCGCUGCUGUCGAGGCUUGCAGUGGACUGGGCCGUGAUUUCUGGCCCGUGGCAUUUCUGGAUGAGUUGCAAUUCAUGGUCGCUUUGCAGCUGUCGGCAAGCAGGUGA